AUGGAGCCACACAGCCAUUCAAGCCUGGCUGAACUUGUGCUCCUUGGUUUCCCCAAAGUGACACAUGUCAGGGGCUGGCUUUUUGUCCUGCUGCUAUUGGCAUACCUGUUCACUGUCAGUGGCAACAUGGCCAUCUUUUUAGUCAUACGAUUGGAUGCAGCCUUACACACACCUAUGUACCACUUUGUCAGUGUUCUCUCCUUCUUGGAGCUAUGGUAUACAGUCACCACCAUCCUCAAGAUGCUAGCUAAUCUUCUCAGUGAUAAGAAGACCAUUUCUUUUUCAGGAUACCUACUUCAGACUUACUUCUUCCACUCCCCAGGGGCCUCUGAAUGCUACCUUCUUACAGCAGUGGCCUAUGACCGAUCCCCGGCCAUCUGCUGGCCCCUCCACUAUCCUGCAAUUAUGACCCCCACACUCUGUGCCAAGAUGACUGCUGGUUGUUGGGCUUGUGGCUUUCUGUGUCCCAAUUCUGAAGUCAUCCUGGUCUCCCAGUUCCAUUUCUGUGGCUACAGUGAAAUCCAACACUUCUUCUGUGACUUUCCACCUCUUCUGAGCCUGGCCUGUGAGGACACAUCCAAUAAUGUCCUGGGAUUUGCCAUCAAUGCCUUCAUCAUCCUUAUCACUUUCCUCUUUAUUAUGGUGUCUAAUGGAAGAAUCAUUGGGGCUAUAUUGAAGACAAAAACAACAGCAGGAAGAAAGAAGUCCUUUUCUACAUGUGCCUCACAUCUUAUUGUGGUCCUCAUAUUCUUUGGGAUCAUCAUCUUCAUGUAUAUGCGACUAAAGAAGAGCUAGUCACUGACCCUUGAUUGGACACUUGCUGUAAUCUACUCUGUACUAACAUCACUGGUCAACCCAAUUAUCUACAGUCUUCGUAACAAGGGACUCAUUAAGGCCAUUAAGAGAACCAUCUUCUGGAAGGGAGAGAUAGUUAGUCCCACCCACCAUUGA